AUGCCAAAAUUACAUUAUUUUGAAACACAUAUCAUGGGUAAACCAAAGAAAAAAAGAGGGAUGAGUUUCGACUAUGACAAGAAUAGACGGAAAGCAUGGUUAAAAAGCAAAAAAUUGCCUACAAUUGGAUGCCAUGAACUGAAAAAUGCCUGGGAUGAAAAGAAAUCAGUCAAGCAGAACUUACGGGAAAUGGGAAUCUCGGCAGACCCAAACAAAUCUAUUAAGAUCAUGAAUACGACAGAGAAACAUGCCAAUGAUGGUGAAACCACGUGGAAACCAAGUGCAAGUAACAUCAAGCCAGGAGUCAUUGAAGAAAUGGAAAGUAGGGCUAGUGUUGUGAAAAAGAAAACAAUGCGUCUUUCGCAACCUGAGGUCAGAUACUGUAUUUAUAUGAUGGAAACUUAUGGAGAAAAUUAUAAGAAAAUGGCUCGAGAUGACAAAAACUAUUACCAGGACACCCCAGCUCAGAUUCGUAAAAAGAUUAAGACUUUUAAAGGAAUACCUGAACAAUAUGAAGAAUAUUUGAAGUCAAAGGAGGACAAAUCAUCCAACAUGGAAACAACCUGAUGCUAACAUAAAGGAAUAUAUUCUAAUUUUAACACCUCAUCAUUGAUGUCCAAUUUUGGGGAUUAAGAAAUGGGGAGAAUUCAGUAUUUUCGGGUUUUAAUUAAAACUACGAGGAUGGGAUUAUAAAAUAGUUUGAAAUGGAUCAUCUAUAAUUUGGUAUCCAUGAUGUUUACCACCAUUCCAGUGCAAAGUGUAGUCUAUUCACAGAUCUGGGAAAUACCUCAACUUAAAGCAAGUUGUCUUUUCAUAUACAUAAUGGGGCAUGUUUUCUUCGGAGUCUGGUAUAGACUGAACAAUGAUGUCAUUUUUUAUUAUCUAUGGUGCACAACUGAUUAAAUAUGGGUAACAGAAGUAUCUUCUUUAAAUAUGUAAAAUAAAUGUAAUAUGUUUUUUAUUACAAUGCAAAUAGAUACAAUCAUCAGCA